GACACUACCCCCGUGUGGGCGGCGGAACGUCCCGAGGAUGACGUGCGGCGUUCUCGAAUCCCGUGUCUCGCUCGCUCGCUCGCCGCCGCCGCCGCCGAAGGGAACGGGCAAAGCCAGGAGGAGGCAGGAGCAGGCGCGGCGCCAUGGCGGCGCUGGAGCGGCCCGUGCCCAGUCCCGAGGCGUUCCUGGGCCAGCCCUGGGCCGCCUGGGUGCGGGAGGCCGCCCCCCCGCACGCGCACGGCGCCGCCCCCCCGCACAGUGUAGAUCUAGAAGAGACUGGAAAGGAGGGUGGAAAAAGCAGGGAGGUUAUGAGGCUUAAUAAAGAAGAUAUGCACUUAUUUGGCCAUUAUCCAGCUCAUGAUGAUUUCUAUCUUGUAGUGUGCAAUAUCUGCAAUCAGGUAGUCAAGCCCCAGGUUUUCCAGUCACACUGCGAACGGAGGCACGGUUCAAUGUGCAAGCCUUCCCCUUCUCCAGCUUCUCCAGCCUGCAAUUCCAGGACAUCCCUCGUGCAGAUGAAACCCAAGCCCUGUAUCAGCGGCCAUAACCCUGUCAGCAGCAACUCAAAGCCAUUCAAAGCGCCCAAAGACAAUCUACUUACCUCCGGUGGCAAGCAGCACACAGGCUUCCCUUCCAAAGUGGCACGGGAUAAACCAUGCGUUCCUGUUCCCGUGGUCAGCCUGGAGAAAAUUCCUAACCUAGUGAAGGCAGAUGGUGCCAACGUCAAAAUGAACUCUGCAACCACUACCACCAUCACUUCCCCCUCAGCCUCUUCAUCCACCAUACCUGCUCCAACUCUGGUGAAAUCUGCUUUGACAUCCAAGUCAGUGCCACCAUCACCAGAAAAGAUUCUGAAUGGCAAAGGCAUUGUGGCCCCUUCAAUAGACAAGAAACACCAGAAUGGCACUAAGAGCAGUAACAAGCCUUACAAAAGACUUUCAGAAAGAGAAUUUGACCCAAAUAAACACUGUGGAGUACUGGAUCCUGAAACAAAGAAACCUUGCACAAGAUCGCUCACCUGCAAGACUCAUUCACUUAAUCAUCGACGAGCAGUUCCAGGCCGUAAAAAACAGUUUGACAUCCUUCUAGCUGAACACAAAGCUCGCUCCAGGGAAAAAGAAGUUGCAAAAGACAAAGAGCAUCCACUGUCCUCAAGGGAAAGCUAUCAGAGCCAGUUCACACCAGCACAAGACUCUCUGUCAGGAUCUUCGGUGAACUCUGGGCAAGAAUCUAAAGUUACAUCUCCUGCCAAGUUGAGACCACCAAAUUCUGUACUUCCAAGACCAUCAUCUGCUAACAGCAUAAACAGCAACAGCUCUUCGAACCACAGUGGGUAUGUACCAGAACUGCCACUGCCCUCCAUGGGAGGAGAUUUGACAAGCAGGCUGUCCAGUGACGAAGGAGAAGCAGAUGGAGCCGAGGAGGCUGAGAAAUUAGACUGCCAUUUCUCUGAACACCAUCCCAGACCUCUUGGGUUCUGCUCCUAUGGCAGCCGCUUAAUGGGAAGAGGCUACUACGUCUUCGACAGACGAUGGGACCAUUUUCGACUCGCACUGAACUCCAUGGUAGAGAAGCAUUUGAACUCUCAGAUGUGGAAGAAAAUCCCCCCUGCGGCAGACAGUCCCAUGCCCUCUCCAGCAGCACACGUCUCCACUCCUUUUCCAGCAUCAGUCUUGCAGCCUUUCAGCAGCCCCAGUGCGGUGUAUAUUCCGUCAGCACCUAUCAGUUCAAGGAUCACUUCAUCUUCCUACAUCAUGACCUCAGCCAUGUUAUCAAACGCAGCCUUCGUGACGACGUCCGACACGAAUUCCAUCGCCUCGCACACGACAGCUUUCCCGCACGUGCCUGCCAGCCUCAGCAUCAUGGACUCAACGUUCAAGGCACCGUCGGCUGUGUCACCAGUGCCAGCAGUCCUCCCUUCCCCCUCCCACAAGCCAUCCAAAACAAAAGCCAGCAAAUCCACUAAAGUGAAAGACCUCUCGUCCCGCAGCGACGAGUCUUCAAGCAACAAAAAGAAAAAGCCGCAGUCCUCCUCCUCCUCUUCUUCCUCCUCUUCCUCUUCCUCCUCCUCCUCUUCCUCCUCGCUAUCUUUGCAGACAUCUUCCUCAUCUUCAUUUUCAGGGUCUCACAAAAAGAACUGUGUCCUGAACCCCAGUUCAACUCUGAACUCCUAUCAGGCUACAUCUUCUUACAACAGUAUGUCUGUGCACAAUACAAACAAUGGAACAAGCCCACUCAGUGCCAAAUCGGAGCCCUCAGGACGGACUUCCUUAUCAAGUAGUUCAGCAGACUCAGUGAAACACAUGAGCAUGGUGGUGAGCAGCAUUGACUCCUCUAGCCUGUCCGUCUCUUCUCUGGUGCACCACUCAGGGGACCACUCCCUAGGAGCACAUAACGCAGUGUCUUCUCUAGCGCUUUCUUUUGACAAAUCAGAAGGAAAGAAACGUAAGAACUCUAGCUCUAGUAGCAAAGCCUGUAAAAUCACUAGAAUGCCUGGUAUGAAUAGUGUUCACAAAAAGAGCACUGCCAACCUUAUCUCUGCGGUGCCAGAGCCUGCAAGCAGCUCCAUCUCUCGGCAGAUUGGGAAAAAUAGCAGUGUAGCUUUGUCACAAUCCAGUCCUUCGAGUACAUCAAACCCAGUACACAGCAGACAAAAGACAUCAAACCGGACUGGUAGAAUAAGGACUCUUCCAUAACAAGGAAAAGGAACCAGCCUAUAAUCUCUAGCUCUCAGCAGCCCUACUCCACAGGGUUUUUCUUUUCUAUGUCCUGCAGAUGGAUUAUAACCUUUUAUGAAUUUGUGGUUUAUAAAGACAACGAAAUUUACAGAAAAAUUGUAAUAGUGAUUUGUUUAGUUUUUCACUUGUAUUUGCCACUGAUCUGUGUGUUCUGCUUGGUUAUGUUUCAUGCCUUUUCAAGCUGUCAGCAUUGCAAUGCUCCCUUUGUUUCCUUACCAGAACACAGUGGACAUUCAAAACACAAAACAAAACACAACACAAAAACAAAACGAAACAAAACACAAACAGAAGAACCAACAAAAAAAAACAUAUCAAUAAUAAUAAUAAUAAUAAUAAUCCAGCUCAUGGUUUGAAUUUAUUUAAAGGAUCUCCAAAUUCUUUUUUGGUCAGGAAGUAAAAAUUCCAGUAAUUCUGUAUUCAAGCUUGUCCUAUGGAUAAAAAUUGAGUGCAUUUCUUUGUAACCUGCAAACAGUUGGGGCACUGCAAUUUUAGGGCCUAAUCCUGCCUGGUGCUCUGUACCUAUAGCAUUUAAUAAUUUCAGUGGGAACGCUGAGUGGUCAGCCUCUUCUGCAGUCAGGCUUUUAGGGGAAUCUCUGUUGUCCAUCGAUCCAUAGUGGAUUUGUGCACCGAACCCGAGUUAAGGUUGCCAGGUGCGACGACGUCCCCGUGUCUCGGGGGAUCGCAGUGCAGAGCACUGGCACAGGCUGCCCAGAGAGGCUGUGGAGUCUCCUUCUGUGGAGCCUUUCCAGGCCUGUCUGGAUGUGUUCCUCUGUGAUCUGUGUUAGAUAGGAUUGUCCUGCUCUGGCAGGGGGGUUGGACUGGAUGAUCUCCUCGGGUCCCUUCCAACCCCUAACAUCCUGUGAGCCUGUGAAGGGUUUGGGUUUGCAAAGGGCAGAAGCUGGGCAGCUUGGCUUUGUGUUAACGGAAUUGCACUGACAGUGUUUCUUAGAGAAUUACUGACUAAUUUUUUUAUCAAAGUAUAGAUUUUAUAAUCAGGAAGCCAAUACUGGAACAGUAGUAAAGAGAAACUUUACUUUUUUUUUCUUUCUCCAGUGUUAAAACAAACAAAAAUAAAAGUGCACUUAUAUGCUGGUUUAUUUUACACCUGGGGGAAAGGCGAAGAGACUGCAAGUGGGGAGAUUAUUAACUACUUUCUUUUUUAAAAAAAGAAGGCUUAAGGCAAAUUUUAAGACUUUAAAAAGAAGAAGAAAAUGUUUAAGCAAUUAUAAAUGAGACUAAACCCCUUUGAGAGAGAAAAAAAAAAGUUUAGAAAUAUUCUUAAAAUAAAUUUUUAUAGCGUUAAUUUUUGUAAUAAUUUAUGUUUGUACUUCAGAGUUAACUUGACCACUCUAGUUUCAGAAACAAGAAUGAAACUUAGGAAAGUCGAAGCAAUGUUUAUAUUUUUAAAACGUUCUUUGGGAUUCUGUUUUUUAUUGUACAUUUCUUCAGACUGAAAAAUUUAAAAAAAAAAGAAAAUGAAAAAGAGAAAGAAAAAGGAAAGGAAAAAGAAAAAGAAAAAGAAAGAAAAUGAA